UGAUGCGAGAGAGUACAAAGAAUAAAGACAGAAGUGUUUUAGAGAGCAGCAGAUAACGACGUGUUUUCCUUCCAUCUCCUACGGUCCUCGACACUACAUUUGGCGGCGAGGAAUAAAAUGGCGAAUUCAUUAGAUAUGAUCCGGUUUCUCGGUUUGCAGAUGCAAGUAUUUGACUACGCAUCCCAUACUGACGACGUUGGUAUCGAGUGGCGUAAAUGGUUGAAAUCGUUUGAGACGAUGGUUCGAGCAAGCCGUAUCAGCGACGAAGAGUGGAAGAAGGAUUUGUUGCUGCAUUACGCAGGUCCAAACGUUCAGCAACUGUUCGAUACGUUGCCAGAUUUGCCGAGUAGUGAAAUGCGUGGCCCAUUGAUGAAUGUGGAUAAUUAUACACCGAACAUGACGAGCUACGAAGAAGCAGCAGCAAAGUUGAAUGCGUUUUUCCUUCCUAAGGAGAAUUCUACUUAUGAACGACACCUGCUGCGGCAAAUGAAGCAAAAGGUUGACGAGAGUAUUGAUUCAUUUACGGUCCGAUUGCGUGUUCAAGCUGAACGAUGUGGUUUUGGAGAUAAAGUUGAAGAGAACGUCAAGGAUCAAAUCAUUGAGAAUUGUCAAUCGGCAGCCCUGCGUAGGGAUUUACUCAAACGAGGCGAUGCUGAUCUGCAAGAAGUUUUGAGAGUAUCGAAGAUUUUUGAAACAGUGGCCCUGCAAGAAAAAUCUUUUACCAGAGGAGAAAUGCUGAAACCACAGAUCAGUGAGGUAAACAGGAUUGAAGUAAAACCCUCCUACGGCAAGAGAAAUCGGUUCACUGAUUCGGUGCGAGUGGAAUGCCAUCGCUGUGGAUAUUUUGGACACAUGGCAAGAGAUGAAAAGUGCCCGGCGAGAGGAAAAUCAUGCAACAAAUGUGGCGGACGUGACCAUUUCGCGAAAAAGUGUCGUAAGCGAAAGCAACUGAUGACGCAGAGACGUGAUUUUGUACCAGCGACGACUGAUAAUGGAAGUGAUGAUAACAGGAAUCAAGGAUCAAAUGAUGUUAAUCAAAUCGUCGACACGGAGACGGAAUAUGUAUUCAACGUAACGACCACUAACAACGACGGUGAAGUGCAAUGCAAAAUAGGAGGUGUGGCUGUUUCCGUGGUAAUUGACUCGGGCUCGAAGUACAAUUUACUGAGCGAGUCUGUCUGGCAGCAAAUGAAAUCCAGUAAGGUGGUUGUGAGUAAUCAAACACGGGAUGUAUUCAAGGUCUUCAAAGUUUAUGGUGGACAAGAAUUAUCAGUGCUCGGUGCAUUUACUGCAACCAUUAAGUUGGGUGACCGAAGUGAAUCGGCUGAGUUUUAUGUCGUGAAGGGAAGCGGAAAGAUUUUGAUUGGUCGCGAUACUGCAACGGCAAUGGAAAUUUUGAAGAUCAACAUUGCGGUCAAUGAGAUAGAAUCACAGGACAAAGCUGGUCCAUUGGGAACCAUCAAGGACAUAGUCAUCGAUAUUCCCAUUAAGACAGACGUUGUACCAGUUAUCCAACCGUAUCGACGUAUUCCAAUUGCAUUGGAAAAACUGGUGGACAACAAACUGGAUGAGCUGCUGAGUCAAGGCGUGAUCGAAAAGGUGAACGAACCUUCCAAGUGGGUGUCUCCAGUUGUCGUUGUGCCCAAAGGUGAAGAUGUGCGCAUAUGCGUUGAUAUGCGGCGGGCAAACGAAGCAGUCGAAAGGGAGAAUCAUCCAUUACCGACGAUUGAGGAUUUCCUUCCAGAUCUCGCUAAGGCAAAAGUUUUCUCAAGACUUGAUGUAGAAAACGCAUUUCACCAGGUGGGCUAA